AUGACUAACAAAUCAAUUAUGCUUCUGAGCCUGCUGGCUCUUCACUGCAUGUUUAUAAAUGGAAAAACAACAUGUAGAUGGCAAUUGGUGGAAGAAUGGCAUGCAUAACCCUCAUCGUAUGUGGUGAACUGGGCACUAAUAGAAAACAUUUGCAUGGACGCCUAUGGAGAUUGCUGGUUUGAGGACAUAAAUACUAAAAUGAGUACUUCAGGCAAUCUAGCUGUCCCCCAGAUUUUCCCUUUGCAAAUUCAAUUAGGAGACAACCUUGUAAUUUCUUCUGGACCAUCUCUUGACUCUCCAGAACUAAAUUUGAUGCAUGUUUCUGAAGCAUCCUUCAUUGACUGUCUGCAGAAUACCACAGCUGAAGAGCAGUGACUUUUCGGUUGCAAACUAAAAGGAAUGCACACUGUUAACUCUCCGUGGCUGACUGUUGGGACACAUUAUUUUAUUACAGUAAUGGCAAGUGGUCCAUCGCUUUGUCAACUGGGAGUUCGACUAAAUGUGACAGUGAAAGAGCAGUUCUUCCAGGAAUAUCGGAAUUCAGAAUAUUGCUCUGGGCAUGGUAAAUGUCUUACUGAAAUUGGGAGCAAGACAUACAACUGUCAUUGUGAGACUCCAUUUUCUGGAAAAUACUGCCAGGAAGUUGAUGCAUGUGUUUAUAAACCCUGUAAAAAUAAUGGCAGUUGCAUUAAUAAAAGAGAAAAAUGGAAUGAGCAAGGAUAUGAAUGUAUCUGUCCCCCACCAUGUCCAUUCUGUGAAGAGUCAAUGGGGCAUUGUGUUUCUUGGUAUUGUUGGAAAAGGGGAAUUUGUCAAAAUGAAAGCUCUGCUUACAUUUGUGAAUGUGCAGAAGGAUUUCUCAAUCAAGACUGUGAAAUUGAUGACAAGAAGUGUUCAUUAAUACCAUGUCAGAAUGGUUAUGACUGCAAUGAUAUUUCAAAUGUUACCAUAUGCAUUUGUGCACCAAUAUUGACAGGCAAGCUUUGUAAGAGACUUCAAACACCAUGUGAUUCAUUUCCUUGCAAGAAUAAUGCAACAUAUAUAAACUGUGAGAAAGAUUAUCAUUGCAGUUGUAUGCCAAGAUUUACUGGAAAAAGCUGUGAGAAAGUAAUUGACCACUCUAGACUGCUCAGCAUCGACUGUCUGAAUGAAGGAUGGUGUUUCAAUAUAAUUGGAAGAUUCAGAUAUAUAUGUACCCCAGGAUGCGCAAGAAAUCCAUGUUGGUUUCUGAAGAAUGUUCGCUUAAUCCUUCUGUACCCUUGCUACGGUGGAUCCAUCAGCCAUGAUUUUUCCAAAACUAUAGUUCCUCAUUCUCUUAAAUUUAAAUAUGUGUGGCAAUUGGGAUUUACAGUAUCUGAAGGUGAAAAGUGUGAAGUGACUGUUGAUGCUUACUUCUUUCUCACUGAAAAUUGCACUGACAAUGCAGACUAUGUGAACAAAUCUGAAGACAUUGAUUAUCCAUGUUUGUUUCAAUGUGUAAAAAAUGGAGGUAAGGUAAUGUGUGCAAAUGGAUGCAUUUGUUUGACUGAAGAAGGAAAUAAGGGAUAUUUUUAUCUAUUUAUUCCCAGAAGGCCUGGGAAAAUGUAUCUGGGAAAUACAACUGACUAUCAAGAAAGUCAGUGUCAACUUGAAGCAAUUUAUGAAGAUGAAUUUAAUAUAUCUAGAUGCAGCUUUUCUCUUGGUUAUACCGACAGAUUCUGUAUUCUCAGUAUUGGAAAUUGCUUAGGAAACCAGAGUACAUCACUGCAUGGCCUCUGCCAGGCCCAUUUGCACAGCUGUAACUGUAGCUGUCUGCAAAUAUAUGAAAGAAACAUCUGUGAAAUAGAAAGUAAAGAUUGUAAAUCUAUGCCCUGCAAAAAUGGAGCAACCAGUGUCAUUUUAAAUGGCUAUUUCUUCUGCACGUGUGUCUCUGGAUUUACAGGUACAAAAUGUGAGAUAGAUGCAGAUGAGUGUGCUUCCCAUCCCUGCAAGAAUGGAGCUACUUGCAUUGACCAACCUGGGAAUUGCUUCUGCCACUGUGUGGCUCCAGUUAAAGUGGUUGCUGGCUUCUGAUUCUGCAAUCCUGGCUACAAGGGCCUGAGGUGUGAGCAGGACAUCCAUGACUGCAUCCUGAAUUCCCAUGAGCACAACUCUACCUGCAAAGAUCUGCAUCUCAGCUACCAGUGUGUAUGCCUAUCAGGUUGGGAAGGAAAUUUUCAUGAACAAGAAUCCAAUGACUGAAAAAUGAAUCCUUGUGAGAACAAGUCCACUUGUACUGACCUUUACAAUAGCUAUCGCUGUGAAUGUACAUUCGGAUGCACUGGACAAAACUGUAGUGAAGAAAUAAAUGAAUGUGACUCUGACCUGUGCCUGAAUGGAGUUCUUUGUCAGGAGUCUACCAUCCCUGAGCAAUUUGUAUGCCUGUGCCCACCCUUUUAUACUGGAAAAUUUUGCCAUCAACACUAUAACCCCUGUGAUCCACUCACUGACCCCUGCAGGAACAACUCAACAUGCUUGACUUUGGUGGAUGGAAAUCAUUAUUGUGUGUAUAAAGAAGGAUUUGAAGGGGAACACUGUUAAAUUAACAUGAAUGAGUGCUUCUCCCUUCCCUGUAAGAAUUAUCAUGACUGUGAAGAUGGGGUCAACAAUUUCAGGUGUGUUUGCAGACCUGUGUUUUUUGGGCUUCUGUGUGAAAUUGAAACCGAGUGUUCCUCUAAACCUUGCCAAAAUAAUUGAACCUACAUGGAUUUGACAAACAGAUUUUUAUGUAGUUGUGAACCUGGGUACCAUGAAUCUCUCUGUGAACUGGAUAUGAAUGAAUGUGAAAUCAAACCUUGUCUAGAUGGAGAAGAUUGUGUUAACAGAACCUGUGCAUACAACUGCCUCUAUGUUCCUGGUUAUACAGGUAACAUCACUUGUGAAGUAAAUAUAGAUGAAUGUCUAUCAAAACCCUGUCUCCAUGAUGGAGCUUGUAUUGAUGGCAUCAAUCAUUAUACCUGUGACUGCCAGAGUGGCUUUUCUGGAACACACUGUGAAACAAAUGCAAAUGAUUGCCUCUCAAAUCCUUGUCUGCAGGGAAGAUGCACAGAUGUCACUAAUGAAUAUCAAUGCUCCUGUGAUACAGAAUGGACCAGCUCAAGAUGUGAGAUCAAGAUUAAUAACUGCACAUCAACCCCUUGUAUGAAUCAGAAGUCAGACCAUGGCUUUAUUUGCAUUUGCCCAAGUUGCUACACGGGUGCAUAUUGUUAGGUAAGUACCGAUAGUUCUGCUGAGCAGGAACUGAAUAUGGACCUCUGUGUUAAUGGAGGGAGCUGUCUCGGUGAAUCUGGACACACAUUUUACUGCAGCCUCCAUAGUAGAGAUGGUUCCAGAAUCAGCUUGGCAUAUGAAAGAGCAUUGCAAAGUUGGCCAGAACAUCCCUGUGAGAAGGGAUUUGAUGAGUGCAUUCUCAAAUCAUGUGUUCAUGACAUAUGUGUAGGAAAUGAACUGGCUGACUCGACAUGUUUCUGCAUACCUGGAUUUAUCUGUUCCACCCAGCUUCUUUGUGGUGAUGAAAUAAGGAGAAUUAUCCCUUUAUUUCCUUUCUCUCCAAGAACAGAUGACAUUCCUACUCAAAUGUAUAUAGUACCUACUUCUGAGGCAAGGGCUACAAGACUAUGAACCAUAAUGAAUACUUAUCCAGUUGACCAAGGUUUAAAAGAGACAGACAUUUCCAAGCAUGACAUUCUCGCAACCACUGGUUUGUCAGCAUUAAGUAUUGGCAUAUCCCUUGAAAGCUAUCUACUGAAAGAGCUGAUUUCUACUAGACAACUUUCAACAAAACACACACUUACUUCUUUCACAGAUGUUUCCUCUUCUCAGUUUCUGAAUUUUGAUUACCAUGACACAACACAAAUUGUCCGGAGCACAACAGCUGUCUCACACAUGCCUAUCCAAACUGCAGCUGUCACACCAGGGUUCUUUUUCUUCAGUAGAAGAGAGAGGACCUCGUUUAUCAUCUCUUCCUUAAUGACAGAUUUUAUUUUUCCUACGCAAUCUGUAUUACUUAACAAUGAUCAGGCUGUUGCCUUAUCUGCUGCCGCAAUGAGUUCAGUAAUUAGUGGCAUUCCAGGGGCCUAUGCUGAGUUAAACAGGCACUCAUUCCUCUCUGGAUUGCUGCUCACAACUGCUUCCACAAGCAUACCUCCAAUUGUUUCUAGGGGGGCUCAAGAGGAUACUGAAGAAUAUUCAGCUGUUACCGUAAUUUCAAGAAGAGAGUACUGGAGAUUGCUGAGCUCCUCAAUGUCUCCCAUUUCUCCUGCUAAGAUAAUUAUAUCUAAACAGGUAGCCAUCUUAAACUCAUCAGCUCUGCCCAGAUCCACUACACAAGCCUCCAUUCCCAGUGAAUAUCAGAUUAUUACUGAAGCAUCUAGCAACCAGAGACUCACAAACACCAAAUCACAGACUGCUGAUUCCUUAAGUGAAUUAAGCCAGACAUGUGCAACAUGUUCUGUGACGGAAAUGAAAUCCUCUCAUAAAUUCUCAGAUCGAGUUUCGCAUAGCGAACAGUCCCAUUUUUAUGAGACAUUCGGGAUGAACUCAGAGAUAUUAGCCAGCUGGUAUGCACUAAUGGGAACUCAAACUAUCACUUCUAGGCAUUUAUUUUCUUCUGCUACAGAAAUAAUGCCAUCACUGGCAUUCACAGAACUGUCAUCUUUAUUUUCUUCUAAAAAGAGUACAAAAGGAAUAAGUUUACCCUUAUCCUUGGAGGAAUACAUUACCCUAUCAAGUAAUUUGGACGUUAAUUUAUGUUUGGAUAAGACUUGUUUAUUCAUCAUCCCUUCAACUGUCUCUUCUGAUCUGCUGAAUUCUGAUUUGACUUCAAAACUGACUACUGAUGAUCUGUUAGUAUCAAGAAACAUUUUUAAAAUAUUGAAAAUAGGACAAUAUGGUAUAACUGUGGGUCCCACUGAGACACUGAAUGAAGACAAUUUAUUGGGUAUGCAAGAGAAUAAAGGAUCUCAAACAGCUCAAAGUUCCUAAGGAUUUAAAUUAAAUUUACAAAGUCAUCCAGAAACUGUGUAUUCAAAUGACCUCAAAUACAACCCUUCACCUUAUGUAGACUCAAUAACUGGUAUUUCAGAAGCAACCUCUGCUGUUGCAUUACACACCAUUUCACCAACUCAGUCACUUCCUCCAAUACAGACCUCUUUUCCCAUGCCUGUAUUUAUGCCAGAUUGGACAUAUUAUACAGAUGAUCUGCCUUUAACAUCUUUUUUUUAAAAAAAAAGAGAGUUCAGAACUUCUUCAGGAUGGUCCAAAUGGGAACUUCAGCCCAGUGUGCAUUAUGGGGAAUCUGCUGCCUCAGGCCAGUGGCUUCCCAUCACUACAUCUCUUACUUUGUCUUCAUUGGAGUCCAUUCCAGCACCCCAGAGGAUAAUAAUACCAAGUGUCAGUUGUAUUUGUUAUUAUAGAGAUUCCUUUCUAGAAUUUCAGAAUAUAUUUUUAAAUCCACAAAAUAAUAUUUCCCUAGAAUUUCAGACCUUCAGCUCCUAUGGACUUCUGCUCUACAUCAAGCAAGACUCAAAUUUAGUAAAUGGAUUUUUUAUUCAAUUAUUUAUUGAAAAUGGUACUUUGUAGCACCACUUUUUCUGUGCUGGUGAAGCAACGUUGCAAAGCAUUAACACUACUGUUAAAGUAGAUGAUGGACAAAGGUAUUCACUGCUUAUCAGGCAAGAAUUGGACCCAUGAAAAGCUGAGCUGACUAUUCUAGGGAGGACUGUAAAAGCAAGGGAACCUGUCACGCACGUGCCUGGAAAACCCCUACAGGAAUCCUGGCCUGUCUUUAUUGGUGGAUUUCCAGGUCUUCAUGGAGCAAACAAGAUGCCUUUUCCGAUCAAGAAUUUUACUGGCUGCAUAGAAGUUGUAGAAAUCAAUAACUGGGGAUCUUUUCCAUCCAAGGCAGUGAAAAAAAUUCACAUCGAUAACUGCAGGAGUAGGGGAUUUAUGUUAUCUGCAACAUCCUCCUUUACUGCUCCUUCUGGUGGGACAGAAGGGAUGGACUCCAUGGGGACUUCCCUCGGCCCCUCUCCUGCAGUGCCACCGGUGUGCCAGGAGGAUGUGUGCCACAAUGGAGGCACUUGCCAUCCCAUCUUCCUCUCAAGUGGUGCAUUCUCAUUCCAGUGUGACUGUCCACUACGUUUCACUGGCCGUUUCUGCAAACAAGAUACAGGUUUAUUUUUCCCAUCUUUCAAUGGGAAUUCCUAUUUAGAACUGCCUUUCUUUGCAACCCUAAGUGAGUUGAAGUCUGUCCUGGAAAAAGAACAUAACAGAAUUGUUACCAUCUACUUGACUAUAAAAACAAACACACUGAAUGGGACCAUUCUCUACAGUAGUGAGAAGAAUUUUGGAUAACAGUUUCUUCAUUUAUUUCUUGUGGAAGGAAGGCCCACAGUUAAGUAUGGAUGUGGAAGCUCCCCAAAUAGCUUGACUCUCUCUGCUAAUUAUAGAACUAACACAAAUGCAUUCAUCCCUAUCACCAUACGCUUCACAGUGCCUGCUGGUAGCCCUGGGGUUGCUUGUAUGAUUGAAAUGACUACAGAUGGAAAACCUACAAUACAGAAGAAAUAAAUGGAACUAUCAGUGGUUCUCAGUGAUGGUGAAAACUGGUUUUGUGCAUGUCCAAGGCUGUACUCAGGCAAGCUGUGCCAGUUUGCAAUGUGUGAAAACAACUCAUGUAGAAACGGGGCCACCUGUGUUCCCAAAUCUGGGACAGACAUCGUCGGCCUCUGCCCCUGCGGGAGGUCUGGACCCCUCAGCAUGGACGCUAUUUAUGUCACUCAGCCCAGGUAGGGUCAUGGGUGCCUCGGAUACACUUCAUUCCCGGCUCAUUCGCGGAUCCCAGACAUCAGCUUCGAUUACGGAUUCCACUCGAAGUUUCAGCUAGCAAACAACCGGUCGGCACUGCAAAACCACGUCAUCUUCUUCACCGGGCAGAAGGGCCAUGGGCUGAAUGGCGAUGACCUCCUGGCAGUGGGUUUGCGCAACAGCCGCGUGGUUAGUUAGAACCUGGGGUCCGGCAUCGCAAGUAUCAGCAGCAAUCCUCUGGAUCUGAGCCUUGGGGUCCACACGGUCCAUCUGGGGAGAUUCUUCCGAAUGGGCUGGCUGAAAGUAGAUGAUCAUCAGAAUAAACCCAUCAUCUCCCCAGGAAGACUGGUUGGUCUCAGUGUCUUCAGUCAGUCUUAUGUAGGUGGCUACAGUGAAGACACUCCAGAUCUCUUGCCAGAUGGAGCCGAUUUUAAAAAUGGCUUUCAAGGUUGUGUUUUCACUAUUCAAGUUCACACCAGGAAGGACAGCCAUUUCAGAAGGCUGGGAAAUCUUGAGGGCCACCCAGAUGCUGGGCGCAGCGUUGGCCAGUGUGACGCUUCUCCUUGUAGCUUAAUGAACUGUGGCAACGGUGGGACCUGCAUGGACAGUGGAGCUACUGUUUACUGUGACUGCCCCACUGGGUGGAAAGGAGCCUUCUGCACGGAGACAGUUUCCACCUGUGACCCUGAACAUGACCCUCCACGCCACUGUGGCAAAGGAUCAACUUGUGUCUCGUUGCCUCGUGGGUACACCUGUUCCUGUCCCCUGGGGACCACUGGAGUCCACUGUGAGCAAGGACUGCUUUUGCUCGUCAUCUUGGAAAAGCUAAAAGCAGCAAAGCAGCAAGGUGAUUUUUUAUGUAUCUCUUUAGUAAAUUGUGCUGUUCAACUUCCUUACAAUCUGGGUGACAUAACUGUCAUUCAAGAAACUCUCCAAAAAGUAAGUACUAAUGGAAGCAGUUGGCAUGUGAUUAAAGCAGGAAGAGCCGGUGCAAAAGGCUACCUGGACCUGGAUGGGAUAAAUGUAACAGAGAAGGCUGACGUUAAAAUUAGCUACCUGGACACAAACACUGACUUCUAUAUUGGAGGAGUGUCUUCCUUAAGUCUUGUAAAUCCCAUGGCAACAGCCAAUGGACCGGUAGGUUUUCAAGGUUGUGUCCGAGAAGAUAAUCAAGAAUUACAAUUAACUGAACUAGGAGCGAAAGGUGGCUCAAAUGUAGGUGACUGUGAUGGGACAGCCUGUGGGUACACUGUGUGCAGAAAUAGGGGUGAAUGUAUAGUAAAUGGCACUUUCUUGUGCAGAUGUCCACCACACUGGACUGGAAACACUGACCCAUCUGUGUACUGUUUGAGUCACCUUUGUCUCCACCAAUCUCUGUGUAUACCUGACUGGCCAUUCUUACAGUUGUGUCCUUUGGGUUGGGUGGGAAGGUUUUGUGAAAGCAAAACUUCAUUUUCAACUGCAAAAUUUAUGGGUAAUUCUUACAUUAAAAACAUUGAUCCACACUAUAGAAAAAGAAACCUCUAGCUCACUACUGUAUCCUUAAAUUUCAGUACUACUGAAAGAGCAGGCUUAAUUGUGUGGAUAGGAAAAGUUCAAAAUGAAGAAAGUGAUUUUCUGGCAAUUGGACUCCAUAAUCAGACUUUGAAAAUAGCAGUUAACUUAGGAGAAUGCAACUCUGUACCGAUGAUUUAUAGCAAUGGUACAUUCUGUUGUAAUAAAUGGCACCAUAUCAUUAUAAGUCAAAAUCAAACUCUUAUUAAGGCCUUCCUAGAUGGCAAGCUAAUUCUGAGGAUAUUGACCCACACAAAAAAAUCUGUUGCUCUGAACUAUGAUGGUAUUAGUUACCUAGGGGGUUUUGAAUAUGGUCAAAAGAUAAACAUUGUUAUUCAAGAGAUUUUUAAAAGAAAUUUUGUUGGUAAAAUUAAAGAUGUAUUUUUUCAGGAUUCAAACAACAAGUUAAUUGAAUCAGAGGGGUACAGCGUUUAUAAUGGAGAUGAACACAAUUAGGAUAACUUGAGAAACUCAGUUUUGCCCAAUAUCAGUGAUGGAUAUAAUUGUGAAUAG